AUGAAUCGAACGGUCGUGGCUGCACUUCUGCUAACGUUUGCUGUCGCAUACGCAUUCCAGCCGGAUGACCAGUUCCCAGGGAUGGAGAAACGCAAGUCAGCAUACAUGCGUUUCGGUCGAUCGGAUCCCGAGCUCACCGAUCAAUUGAUGAUGGAUAAGAGGAAGAGCGCCUACAUGAGGUUUGGAAAACGUUCGGAGGUCCCAGAUGAGGAAAGCCUAGACAUGGAGAAACGCAAAUCAGCCUACAUGCGUUUCGGGAAGAGAAAGAGCGCUUACAUGAGGUUCGGCAAGCGUUUCUCAGAUUUCGACGAUGACUCUGAACCGAUGGAUAUGGAGAAGCGCAAGUCCGCUUACAUGCGAUUCGGUCGCUAA